AUGUCCAAGAUUCUUGCUGACCUUGGUGCACCGGCACGAGCAGAGCUGACCAAUCGUCUGAGCGACAUGGGCGAGCUCGAAGCUGAGACGACUUGGAACAAAGCUUGCAGGGACCAUAUUGGUCAAGGUGUCAGGUCGGACUUUGGCUGGCUAGAAGACCGAAGAUCCUACGGUUUGUACUGCCAUGCGCCGUUAGUUGAACACACAUACGCUUUACAAUGCAGUUCCUUCUCUUCGGUGUGCACCCUUCCUCCUUGCGAAACUGACGAGACCACAUUUGCCCUUUAUCCGCUGUAGAGGGGCUCUGGAAGGCUCCGACAAGACUGAAGACACUGUCACCUACCUCAACACUAAAGUUCAACUGGAAAGGAGGACUGGACCAUCGAGGCGGUGUAGAGUGAUGAUGUUGUCGAGAGGGCUCCCGCGAAAGUAG